UAUCUAAGCAAUAUCAUCUACAAGCUAUUAGCUAGGUAAUACUAUUACCAGUAUAAUGAGAAUGUUCCCCUCAAGGUUAUUAGUUUGCUGUCUGCUGGGAAGUGUUUCCCUAGUGUAUGGACAGCAGACUUUAAUAGUGAACACAGGACCCACUGAACCACCCACCACCUGUCCUGACCUCACUGUACCAGCCAAUGGAGUGAUCAGCUACAAUUUGGGGACUGCUAGUCUGAGACCAGUGGACACUGUGGCCACCUAUACCUGUGUCACUGGCUACACUCUCGAUGGAGUCACCACCAGAACUUGUGGGAGUGAUGGAGUGUGGAGUAGUUUUUUCGAAAUUUUUUUUUUGAGUGGGAGUGGGAGUGGUAGUGGGUCACCUCCCAAUAAUUGUUAUGUGAACACAGGACCCACUGAAACACCCACCACCUGUCCUGACCUCACUGUACCAACCAAUGGAGUGAUCAGCUACAAUAUGGGGACUGCUAAUCUGAGACCAGUGGACACUGUGGCCACCUACACCUGUGUCACUGGCUACACUCUCGAUGGAGACACCACCAGAACUUGUGGGAGUGAUGGAGUGUGGAGUAGUUUUUCCGAAAAUCUUUUUUUUUUGAGUGGGAGUGGGAGUGGUAGUGGGUCACCUCCCAAUAAUUGUUAUGUUAUUGACUGUGGCGACCUCUUUGACCCCUCCAAUGGAGCAGUGAACACAUCCUCCGGAACAACCUUCAUGAUGACUGCUACCUACACCUGUAACACUGGAUACAAUCUGACUGGUGAUAUGACCAGGACUUGUGGGGCAAAUGGAACUUGGAGUUGGACUGCUCUAACAUGUGAUCCUGUUGACUGUGGCUCCCUCUCUGACCCUGGGAAUGGAAUUGUUGAUGCAUCCAAUACCACCUUAAUGAACACUGCUACCUACACCUGUAACACUGGAUACAAUCUGACUGGUGAUACGACCAGGACUUGUCAGGCUAAUGGAACUUGGAGUGGGACUGCCGCUUGUACUCCUGUUGACUGUGGCUCCCUCUCUGACCCUGGGAAUGGAAUUGUUGAUGCAUCCAAUACCACCUUCAUGAACACUGCUACCUACAACUGUAAUACUGGAUACAAUCUGACUGGUGAUACAACCAGGACUUGUCAGGCUAAUGGAACUUGGAGUGGGACUGCCGCUUGUACUCGUAAGUUAAUUGUUUUCAUGAUCUCAUUAUUAUACCUACGUAUAUAGCUGUUGACUGUGGCUCCCUCUCUGAC